AUGACCGACCUCCCGCCCCGCUUCGCAACCGACCUCGAGGCCAGCCUCGACGUCCCCCCAUCCCUUGCCUCCUCCUCCCUCGCCCCCUCCUCAGACCAGCAAAGCACCAGCAGCCGAUCCAGGCGAUGGGACGACCCGCCCGAGGAAGAACCACUCGGCCCGCCCGAGAAUCUCACCACCAUGGUCUUCAUCAAGUCGGUCGAGGUGCGGUCGCAUAUAGAAGCCGAGAUCAUGCAGCUGACCUUCACGGCGUCGGACUCGCACCUCGCCGCCCUGGUGCCCAAGUCCAUCAACACGCGGUGCGUGACCCCCGAGGGGCCCUUCGGCCUGAGCGCGUGGCACGCCGGCACCGGCCAGCGGCUCGCCAGCGCGUCGACCAUGCUCUCGAGCCACGGCCUGCGCGUCCACGGCGGCUUCGCCCUGAAACCAGGUGUCGCCGACUUUAUCGUCGCGUGUCCCUCGCUGAUCCCCGCGGCGAAUGCGUCGUCGUCGUACACCGAGUCGUACGGCGCGCUGCUGCCGCGGCUCGAGGUGUACGACCUGGGCCGCAAGGAGCGGCUGCUGAAGCAAGACGUGGCGAUUUGCGCGCCCGUGGCGUGGAGCCCCGACGGGGAGGUGCUGGUGGGGGUGUCGUCGCGGGACCCGAGCCGCAUGGUCGUGCUCAGGAUGCCCAAGACCAAGGAAGGCUAUGUUCGCCCGGGGCCGACCAUCAUGUGCCACUCGGACGAGGUCACCAAGCUCGCGUUUUUGCCGUUGUGGGAGAGCGGCGGGCGGGCGCUGGUCAGCGCGGGCAAGGAUGGGUAUUUGAGGGUGACGGAUGUGGAGACGAGGAGGACGCUGCAAAGGGUGGAAAUCGGGGCGAGGGCACCGGCCAGCAUAAUGCAGGUGUCCGAGGACGGGAAGCUAGUGGUGACGGUGUGGGGGAGGGACGUGGUGUUGUGGUUUUUGGAGACGGGGAGGGUGCACAACUACAACCUGAACGCGGUGCGCGUGAAUGAAGGGUGGCCGCUUUCGGUCUCGCCGGACUGCAGGUACCUGGCCUGCCGGAAUGAGGAAGGUUUCGAUGUCAUGGACGUCCAGACAGGGAAGUUCAGAGGCGAGUUUGCGUGGACGGGAGACACCAUCACGGCGGCAGCGUUCAACAGUGAGGGGACACGGUUAGCGAUCGGGGAUCACGCCGGGAUGUUGCAGUUGUUUGAAAUUAUCACAUCAUGA